CCCGCGGCUGUAUUAUUGUCUCGUUUCUACCGGAUUCGGUUCGGUUCCGGUUCUGUUCUCACGAUGUCUCUGGUGGAUUUGGGGAAGAAGCUCCUGGAAGCCGCUCGGGCCGGUCAGGACGACGAGGUCCGGAUUCUGAUGGCGAAUGGAGCUCCAUUCACCACUGACUGGCUGGGCACGUCUCCGCUGCACCUGUCGGCUCAGUUCGGUCAUUACUCCACCACAGAGGUGCUUCUGCGCGCCGGCGUGAGUCGAGACGCUCGCACUAAAGUGGACCGGACGCCGCUGCACAUGGCCGCAUCCGAGGGUCACACACGCAUCGUGGAGCUGCUGCUGAAGCACGGCGCCGACGUGAACGCCAAGGACAUGCUGAAGAUGAGCGCGCUGCACUGGGCCGUGGAGCACAGCCACAGAGACGUGCUGGAGCUGCUGCUGCGCUUCGGAGCCGACGUUCACGCGCAGAGCAAGUUCUGCAAAAACGCUCUGGACAUCGCGCUGGACAACAGCAGCCACGAGCUGGCCGAGAUCCUGCAGGUGGCGAUGCAGAACCAGAUCAACACAAACCCAGAGAGUCCGGACACACUGACCAUCCACACGGCCGCGCCGCGGUUCAUCAUCGGCCCGGGAGGAGUGGUGAACCUCGCCGGACUCGUGUCGCCCGCCAGCAGCAGCAAACCCACAGUGGUGGCCGCAGAGGAGCUGAUCACCGCAGACUCCGUCGACGGGGCCAUACAGCAGGUCAUGAGCUCUGGAGGUCAGCAGGUCAUCACCAUAGUAACAGACGGCAUUCAGCUGGGCAACCUGCAGACGGGCGCAGGCAUCAGCCAGCCCAUAAUAGUCACCAUGCCUGACGGGCAGCAGGCUCUCUCAGUGUGUGUGCAUAUAACACACGUGACACUGUGUGUGCAACAGGAGAAGGUGGCUCUUCUGAAGCAGCUGGAGGAGGCGAACCGCGAGGCGCAGAAAUACAGACAGCAGUUCCUGAAGAAGGAGCAGGAGGCGGAGGCGUACAGACAGAAGCUGGAGGCCAUCACACGGCAGAGCGUGAAGAAAGCAGCGUGAAAACACGCCGUCAGCUUCUGUGACUGAAUCCUUAUCAUUCAUUUCCUUCAGUUCUCCUCAUAAAGCGCCUCAGCUGUGGUGCUCAUGUGGCCGACACGGGUUCGAUUCUGACCCACAUCCCAGCACCCUUCACCAGCCUUUGAAUAAAGAGACAAAAGCCCCUCAAAACCUGAACGAGGAUGUUUAAUUGCGCAGUAAUGUCAGAUUUCUUGAUGCACAGUAAAAAAUCAAAAGUUGAGGCAACCAGCUUCAGGAGAGUUUUGAGUUUUCUCAACGUUUGAUUUUUUACAGUGUGUGUUUGAUCUGCAGGCCAUGUUUGAUCGAAUCCUUCAUCAUCAGACUCUGUAAGACUGGUUGUCCUCACUGAUAAUCAGCAUGUUUAUAGUUUCCUCCUGCUCGCUGUUUGUGAUGCAUUUUCCAGGAUUUCUGUCAUAAAGAUUAUUAUUUUUAAAAGACAGCAGUGAUUUGGUUUCUUUGAGGAGGAUCUGAGCGUCUCUCCAGCACCGAUCUGCUGAUUCACAUCUCAAUUCAAGGUUAUUUGUAUAGCGCUUUUCAUGAUACAAAUCAUUGCAAAGCAGCUUUACAGGAAAUUACAGUUUCUAGUAGUGGCUCAUCAGGGGAGACUAUCUCAAGUUGAUGUUCAUAUGGAAGAAAUGUACAGUGAAACUCAAGCAGUUAGUUAAUGACAUGUAAUCAAACCCACGGUGAACACUAUU